AUUUAAUAAUAAUUGUUUUAUUUAAAUAAAAGUAAGGUAAUAAUUAAAUUUAGCGCCACUAUUGACUAAUAUAUUUCAUAUUGUUCGAACGUCACACAUGCCAUCUAUGAAUAACAAACAAUAACUCCAGAUGGAAGUUUUAGUAAAUGAACAACACCAUUAUUUUUCUAUGAACGGAACUGAGCGUCGUUGCUUGCGUACGGCAGUUGUUGAUGACGAAUGCAGUUAUCCUGCGAAGAAACCGUUAUCGUCGUAUCUUCGCCAGAUUACCAAAGGUAAGCGAGUCUUAUUCCGUAAUUUUUAACGUUUUCGUACUGAUAAGGGCCGUUCGCGAGUGCAUCAAAUGUUUUCUCGCAUCUUUUCGCGGGUUGCGGGUGUUUUAGGGUAGGGAGCUUCGUCGCCGUGAUGUAGAAUUUGUGGAAGGGGUGUUCAUAGUGUAUUCUGAUCUAUGAAAAAAUGAACUACAACCCGUUCAGUGUCGGAGUUCCGUUGUCGGCGGCACUUCCGGUCGCCACCCAGUUCACGGCGGGCGGAAAGAUCACGCAAAACGUGACAACGACCAACGGCCAGGUGGUCGGUGUGCUACAGGGUGGCGAAAAUGGUGUCCACUAUAUCCGACCGCUUGACGCGAACGCGUUCGCAGCCGCCACCGCCUCCACCUCGCCCACCCAGAACAAUUCCUCCCAGCAGGCCCAGACCUUGAUCACGUUGCCCAUCACAAUGCCUGGAGCGAAACCGGGCGACCCUCAACAGACUGUCCAGAUCCAGGUGGUCAAUCCGACGCCUGUGUCCGUCGCACAGACCAGUCAGGCACAGUCUCCCAAGUACCAGAUAUCCCAGAUACCCAUUCAGGCCUUCGGACAGGGUGCCACAGUACUAACAGUCGCCUACAACCCCACCCAGGACGGAAUACAGAUCGUGGAUGGUCAAAAUGGCAUCCCGGAAGGUAUGACAGUGGUGGCGGCUCUGCAGCCCCAAGACAUCCAGUUGAUCCAGACGACGGCACCUCAAUCGGACCAAGACCAGGAUAAACUCAAAGAGGGCACUGCAACGAUCACCCCCGUUGCCCUAAUUAAAAACGAGGUGUUGUCAGCAAAAGACGACGGUCAGACGGACGGGGGCGGCGCCUCUAUAACCGCCAUACCGGCCAACUACCUUCAGAACACCGCCGUGCAAGAAUACCUCCAACGUAUCCAAAACACCACCCUACCGCUCAGUCUUCAGCAAUUCCUCAAGUUCAACACUGAUACAACGGUCAAGAGGGAACAGAUAAACGAAGAUGGGAUCAUAGAGACCGUUGUAGAGACGGGAGAGCCCGAACAGGAACCUCUCAUAAUGAACGAACUCGAGGGCGAAAUGGAAGAGAACGUGGACGACCCAGACAAGACGAAAAAGAAGAAAAAGUACAAGAAGAAACCACCGAAACCGAAAAAACCCAAACCUGGUCAGGUUCAUAUAGCCACAGCCCUCGACGGAACCACCCUCUUCUGUUGUCCGGAAUGUCACAUGGCGUAUCCCGAAAAAGAACUUCUGGAGCAGCAUCUUGUAGGACACAAAAUCGAACGUCGAUUCAUAUGUGACAUAUGCGGGGCAGGACUGAAAAGGAAAGAGCAUUUGGAAAGACACAAGCUCGGCCACAACCCCGAAAGACCAUUCGUGUGUUCCGUUUGUAUGAAGGGUUUCAAGAGGAAAGAACAUCUCAAUCUUCAUUUCGUCAUUCAUUCGGGCGAGAAGACGGAAAUAUGCGGGGAAUGUGGCAAGGGAUUUUACAGGAAGGACCAUUUGAGGAAGCAUGCGAGGUCGCAUAUCACAAGGAGAGCAAAGGAACAACAGCAACAGCAAAAUUUGCUUGCCAGCAAAGAGGGAACAGUCACAAUACAGGUACCCACGUCGAACAUUCAGAUCCCAGUUCAAAUUCAGGUUCCUCAGCACCACAUCCAGGUGACUGCGUCAACGGACGAAGACAAUGCUCAACACGUGAGUACUGUAGUGUUGCCAGCUGUGUCCGAGAGCGUGUCGAUAUUGCCCCAUUAAAAAGUUGUUUCCUUCUGUUUUCCUUUCUCUCCCAUUGUUUUUUGAACCGUUCAAUUAACAGAAAUUCUUCCUUUUUUCUUUACGUCAGUCUCCCCCCCCCAUCACAUUUUCUGUCGGUCGUUGAAAAAAGAAAAUAAAAUGAAGAAAGACAAUCUGAAAUGAUAAUUUAGUCUAAUCGGUUAGUGUUUUGGAUAGAAUUUUAUUAAUCCUACGGACUACUACGAUAAACAAUAAUAUACAUAAUAGUAAUAAUUAUUUUUAGAAAUUAUUUUGUUGUCUAUUGCUUGCAUAACGUGCAUAUUA